AAUAAACAUGCCUAAACGUAUUCAAGCAGUUAGAAGAGGGAAUUUCAGAGAGAAUAACAGAAAAUCUCAGAUCGCUACUAGGACAAAGAAGACCUCAGCCUUUUCAAGGUCUAAUGCAUCGUCUAAUCCAAACAGGCCUGAUCCUCAUAAUGGAAAGGGGCACUUGAGAAGUAAGGCGACUAUUAAUAGGCUUAAUAUGUACAAUGAGAAGCCUAACUAUGAGAAAAUGAAGAAGACUCCAACAGAUCCCAUGGCUGGAAGACUCUAUAGUAACAGAAAAUACUGGGGAAAUACCAGACAGUUGGAUCAGAAAGAACUUGAUAAAUAUACUACAGCUUUGAAUAAAAGUUUGGAGAGCAAGGGAAGCGGACACUCCAUUUUAAUAUCAGGAAGAAAACUCCCAGUGAGCCUCUUAAAGGGUGCUGAUAUCAAGUCAUCUAAGAAUGUAAAGCUCCUUGAUAUUGAGAGCUUUGAGGAUACCUUUGGAGGCAAGGCUAGAAGAAAGAAGCCAAGAAUUACCUCAUUUUCUCUUGAGACUCUUGCAGAGAAAGCUCAGAAACUCCAAUCUGAAUAUAACCCUAAUAAAGAUGGUGACCUUCAUAAAUUUGAUAUGAUUGAUGCUAAAGACAAGGUUAGUGAUAAGAGGAUGGAAGCUGGACAGAGCAAAAGAAUCUGGGAAGAGCUUUACAAAGUCUUAGAUUCCUCUGAUGUCCUAAUCCAAGUUAUUGAUGCUAGAGAUCCUAUGGGAACUAGAGUAAAACAUGUAGAGGAGCAUCUUAAAAAGAACUGCCCUAACAAGCAUCUUGUUCUUGUUCUGAAUAAAUGUGAUCUUAUUCCUACCUCUGUUACUGCUAAGUGGAUUAAAAUUUUAUCAAAGGAGUAUCCAACUUUGGCUUACAAGGCUUCAAUCAAUAAUCCAUUCGGAAAGGGAAGUCUGAUCCAAUUGCUCAGACAAUUUGACAACUUUCACAAAAACAAGAAGAGUGUCAGUAUUGGCUUUAUUGGGUAUCCUAAUGUAGGAAAGAGUUCUAUUAUUAAUUCUCUUCGGAAGAAAACUGUAUGCAAAGCUGCACCAGUCCCUGGUGAGACUAAAGUAUGGCAAUAUAUCACACUAACUAGAAGAAUCUACCUUAUUGAUUGUCCUGGAAUUGUGUAUAAUAUUGGAGAUGACGAUACUGAGACUGUACUUAAAGGAGUCAUCAGACCUGAGAAAUUAGAAGCUCCAGAUUUCCACAUCCAAGCUAUUCUUGAUAGAGCAGAUCAGACUAAUAUUAUCGAAACUUACGGAAUAGCUAAAUGGACUGAUUCUGAAGACUUUUUGGAACAACUAGGAAGAAAGACUGGAAAAUUAAUGAAAGGAGGAGACGCUAAUCAAAAUGCCGUAGCAAAACAAGUUAUCACCGACUGGCAGAGAGGAAGGAUUAGAUACAUGGUUCAUCCAUCCCAAGCUCAGAUCGAAGAAGCAGAGAGAAAAGAAAAGCCUGUAUUUAACCCUGCUCUAUUGGUCGAUCUUCACAAAAAGGAUGAUGAAGACGACUUGAUCGAUAUGGAUGGUGAUGAAGGACUUGAGGCACUUGAAGAAGCUGAAGAAAUUAAAUAAGGAGAAGACUA